AACCGCUCUUGCCACGAUCCCCUUUCGCUCAAAACUUCCACACACACAUUAUGAAUGCCAAACUUCCAAGUUUUCCAAACAGUUUGGCAUCCAAACAAAACUAAAACCACCGAAUCACAAACCAAGAAAAAGAAGAAAAAAGUGGAAACAUUCCCCAAAAAGCAACCCCCUUCAUUUAUUCCCCACUCUUCUUCUCUGACUCAAAACACAAGUCUCCAUUAAUUAAACUAUCAAAAUUGAAUAUUUGAAACACCCCUUUUCUGAUUUUUUUUUCAAUUAGAUGGGAACUAUGGCAGCUGCUUUGCUCCUCCCAUCGAAAACGCCAUUAACAGAUGAAAGAAACGCUCUGUUUCUGCACAGAGCAAGAAGGAGAGACAGAAAGAAUAAAUCCAUCAUCCCUGUUGCAAGAUUAUUUGGGCCGGCAAUAUUUGAGGCAUCAAAGCUCAAAGUCCUGUUUUUAGGGGUAGAGAAAAAGCAUCCAGGAAAGCAUCCAAGAACUUACACACUUACACACAGUGACAUCACUUCCAAGCUCACUCUUGCCAUCUCUCAAACCAUUAACAAUUCCCAGUUGCAAGGAUGGUACAACAAGUUACAAAGAGAUGAAGUGGUGGCAGAGUGGAAGAAAAUCAAAGGGAAGAUGUCUCUCCACGUCCAUUGUCACAUUAGUGGUGGUCACUUCCUCUUAGACCUUUUCUCCAGGCUCAGAUACUACAUUUUUGCCAAAGAACUUCCUGUGGUGUUGAAGGCUUUUGUGCAUGGAGAUGAGGACUUGUUCAAAAACUACCCGAAGCUACAAGAGUCUUUGGUUUGGGUGUAUUUCCACUCCAACAUUCCGGAAUUCAACAAGGUCGAGUGCUGGGGCCCACUCAGGGAUGCAUCCGCCCCCUCCCACGGCGGGGAUGCUCUAUUUCAGGGCAAUGAUUAUGGGUCGGGUUUCGAUAAUCUACAGCCUUGCCAAGAGGACUGCUCUUGUUGUUUUCCACCAAUGAGCUUGAUUCCGUGGCCCCAGCAUGCCCAAGCCAUCGACGAUCUUGCUGCCCCUUGUGAAUCUCUCGAUGCCUCGCAAACUUAUCCAUCCGGUGGUUCUUCUUGACUAUGCUUGUUUAAAUUAAAACUACUGUUGUGUGAAUUAUACAUAUGCAAAUUGCAUCUCUAGACUAGUGGCUCUAUGUAUAUUAAUAUUUGUGUAGAGGCCUCAAUGAUGUUUUAGGGUUUAAACUAUUAGUACUACAUAAUGUGGUAUCAAAACUGAAUUGGCGUAUUGAUUGCGCAAAUUGUUGGGUGUGAAAAAAAUUUGUAAUUUUAGGUUUAAGGCCGUUUGGAAUGAAGGAAAUAUAAAUUGGUUGUAA